AACUAUAAUCCAAUCAAUCUCCUCUCAAAAAAAUUAAAAAAAAAAAAAGAAAAUCAUUUCCAAAUCCCUCACUCUUGUAGAAAUCUCCGAUUAUUUUUCCUGCGAUUAAUUUCCUCUCCCGAUGGCUUCCGCUACGAUUACUUUCUCUCCGAUUACUGCUGCUAUUUCUGCCGCUUCUUCUUCUUUGGUUUCCGAUCGGAGAAUAUCCGUUGGACUACCGGAAUUUCGAGGUCUCAAGAUUAAACCUAGGUCGGCAUCGCUGACUCAUUUAUCCAGAUCGGUGAGCCGGGAUCCACGUCGACUCGAUCGAGGUGGACGUGUUUUCUGUGAGGCCCAGAAGACUGUUGUUGAUGUGCCAUCAGUCAAGGAUGAUACAUGGCAGUCACUUGUUCUUGAUUGUGAAAUGCCUGUUCUUGUUGAAUUUUGGGCACCAUGGUGUGGGCCUUGCCGGAUGAUCGACCCUAUAAUCGAUGAACUAUCAAAGCAAUAUGUUGGGAAGCUCAAAUGUUAUAAAGUUAACACGGAUGAGAGCCCUAACAUUGCAACUCGAUAUGGAAUUCGAAGCAUUCCAACUGUUAUGAUCUUCAAGAGUGGGGAGAAGAAAGAUGCAGUCAUUGGUGCUGUUCCCAAAUCCACCUUGACAUCCUGCAUUGAGAAAUUCUUAUAGGGGUGGUAAGAAAAUGUCAUCUUUUCUGAAAGUUAAGCACUUUCUAGUGAUUUCUUCUGUUGUCAACUUCCAAUGGCUCAUGUUAAGGUACUUUGUGCCCGAAAUAAACUUGUCUGCCCCCUGUAUAGUUAUCAGAAGAAGCUAUAUUUUCUGUCUCUUUUCUUUAAUGUCAAUUAGUUAUAUGCUUCUUGCUUGAAUGUUUAUUUUAGUAGUUUUUUCUCAUGUAUGCUUAUUGCUUUGGAAAUCUCCAGUUUAUCUUUAAGGUUUGUGAGUACAAACAGACCUGUGGGCCUCAGUCUAUAACAUGAACAAAUUUUUAGUAAAUAGGGAAGCAUUAGGUUGGGAACUACCUGUUUGUAAGUUUGGAACUAUCAUUAGUUAACCUCUAAUUGUCAAUAAGCAGUUGUUCAAAUAAUUAUGUGUGAGCAGAUAGAUGCUCUCAUUAUCAUGAUUGAUCAUAUGGAGUAAAAGACAGGAUGGGUGUUAGUAACA